AUGUCAACUUUAAACAUACAAUCUCUCUUCUCAUCCUCUGCAAUAAUCAACGAUAAUGGCUAUACGAAUGUUACUCUCGAUCAAUUCAGACCCAUCUGGUCGAGUAGUCUCGUACUUUCGAAUACAAUUCUCUUCCUCUUUCUCUUUACCAUUUACAUGUUCAUUCUCAUUGGUUUCAUUUAUAAAGUGACGAGAAAAUUGAAACUCAAAAGGAAUCAAAAGAUUCUCUUCAUCAUGACUGGAAUUUAUGUCACUGUUCAAAUCAUGAGUUUGUUAAUUAGAGUUGUGAAUGAAAGUUUACAAUUGACUGUUCGAACCAGAGCUGAAAAUGGAGGACUCAUUGAAUGGGAAUUAUUUGUUACAAUGCAGGUAUUUGCAGGUCUGAAUACCUUUUCCAUGUUGAGUAAUUUUUUGACCUUGUUUUCCAUUGUAAUUUUUGUGCAAAAUAUGUUUUGGAGUACUGCUACCUUGAUGAGAGCCAUUUCAAAACAAACAUCCAAAAUUAUUAGAAUGAUCAUGACCAUUGUGGGAACUGUUUUUGUAAUUGUGGCCGUUGUCAUUAUUUUACUUAUUGGAAUAAUUGCUGGAAUUAGAAGAUUCGACUAUAUUCCAAAGGAAUAUGUUGCUGCCAUUCAAGUGACUUCAUUUGUAGUGGGUGGAAUUGUUCUAUUAUUUGUUGGUGGAAUGUUAAUUGCUUCUGGAAUAAUUGUCAUUCGAACCAUUCAGAAAACCUCAAAGAAUGUGGUGACUGCAAAUGUUUCGAAUAAUACAAAUUCAGAAUCGUUUGCUCAGAAAUCUGAAAGUAAUAUUGAAAGUCAAACUUCUCACAGUUCCAAUAAUACGAGACAAUCAUUUGAUAAGGUUUCGUUUGAGAAGAGAGUUCAAUCACCUUUCAAAAUAACCUUUGGAUUAUUGAUUGGUUUAUUAAUGUGCAUUUCAUUACAAUUAAUUGCCAUUGCCAUUGCUUCUGGAGCCACAGAAUUGGCAAACUAUUCAGUCAUUUGGCAAUUCUUGAACUGUACAGGUGUUUUAACAUUUGGAAUUCUAAUUCUCUUUCUCUUCUUUCCCUUAUUUAGAGAUAUGGAAAUUGCAAUGCAAGAAAUUGAAAAGAGAAAGGAGGCCCUCUCUCAAAAGAAACUCCGUUCCAAUCAUUUGCAUGUUCCAUCAACAACGAGGAAUCAUCUCUCAGAUCUGAGUGGGAGUGGUGAUAAUUUCCUCUCCUUACCAUCUAGCUCAGGAGGUGAUAUGAGUCCAACAAGUCCUUCGGCUAUUUCAUUUUCCUCUGAGGUAAUGGCCAUCUCUGAUGAUUCCAAAUUGUAUCAAUAA